AUGUAUUCUACGCGGCGCGUUCUCGAUGUCUUUAAACGGAAUAUACUCCGCACUCCGUGGCUUCAUGCUCGCAUAGGGAGAUCAGGCAACACCACCGUCGCGGCACAGCAGCUGUCGAGGCCGAUCGAAGGCAUGACAGGGGGCACUGGCAACAACCGAAGGAGAACGGAAGAGACCAAAGCGGGAGGCCUGGAGAUCCUUGGAAAACCUGGGACAGACACCAACGCAAUUGGCGGCGGCAGAUAA